CCCUUUACCGUAAAAGCCGGGUGGGGAAAUAGAAAUAAGCUUCGCCUUCUUUCUCAUUUUCCGACCUUAGGAGACACAGAAAAGAAGAAAAAACGACUUCCUCCCUGGAAAUCUUAAACUCCUCGUUUCAAAACUCUUAACUAUAAAUAUUCUAUUAAUAUCAACGAGGUGUUUAAGUAAUUUGUUCAAUUGGUUUAUGUUCUUUUAGUUUCUUGUUAGAUUUGUUUUUCUGUUUUGGAUUUUAGGUUAAGAAGAGCAGGAAUUGUUUUAUAAAUCAAUUGAAAAAGAAAAGAAAAGAUAGAAUCAAUGGAUGGAAUAAUGAAUAAGAUAAGGAAUUUAGAUGCGUACCCUAAGAUAAACGAGGAUUUCUACAGCCGCACGCUUUCCGGUGGCGUUAUCACUGUCGUCUCCUCCGUUGUUAUGUUCUUGCUCUUCUUCUCCGAGCUCCGAUUAUAUCUUCAUGCUGCAACCGAAACAAAACUCGUGGUUGACACUUCAAGGGGGGAAACUCUACGCAUCAAUUUUGAUGUUACAUUUCCUGCUCUUGCAUGCUCAAUCGUUAGCGUUGAUGCAAUGGAUAUAAGUGGAGAGCAACACCUUGAUGUGAAACAUGACAUAAUCAAGAAACGGUUAGAUGCACAUGGCAAUGUUAUAGAAGCGAGGCCAGAUGGAAUUGGUGCUCCCAAGAUUGAAAAGCCUUUACAGAGGCAUGGUGGCAGACUUGAGCACAAUGAGACUUAUUGUGGUUCAUGUUAUGGUGCAGAAGCGGCUGAUGAUGAUUGUUGCAAUUCCUGUGAGGAUGUUCGUGAGGCAUACAGAAAGAAAGGUUGGGCGUUGUCGAACCCAGAUUUGAUUGACCAGUGCAAGAGAGAGGGUUUUCUUCAGAAGAUUAAGGAUGAAGAAGGUGAGGGGUGUAAUAUAUAUGGCUUUUUAGAAGUUAAUAAGGUGGCGGGGAACUUUCAUUUUGCACCUGGGAAAAGCUUUCAGCAAUCGAAUGUUCAUGUACAUGACUUGCUAGCUUUUCAAAAGGAGAGUUUUAAUCUAAGUCACAAGAUCAAUAGAUUAGCUUUCGGAGAUUACUUCCCCGGGGUCGUGAAUCCUCUUGAUAGUGUUCAUUGGACUCAAGAACAGCCAAGUGGGAUGUACCAGUACUUUCUCAAGGUUGUCCCUACCGUGUACACAGAUGUGAGUGGGCACACUAUCCAGUCAAAUCAGUUUUCUGUAACGGAGCAUUUUAAGGGUGCAGAAGUUGGCCGGCUUCAAUCCCUCCCUGGAGUUUUCUUCUUUUAUGACCUUUCUCCUAUCAAGGUGACUUUUACAGAGCAGCAUGUCUCGUUCUUGCACUUUCUAACAAAUGUUUGUGCUAUAGUUGGAGGUGUUUUUACUGUUUCGGGAAUAUUAGACUCUUUUAUAUACCAUGGUCAAAAAGCAAUCAAGAAGAAGAUGGAAAUUGGUAAAUUCAGUUGAAGAUUGAGGCUGCUGCUUCAUGUUCCGGUAAGAGGUGCUUGGGGAAAAAUCAAACUAAGCGAGAAGACCACGCAGCAAUGUACCGUACGUAUUCCUGUUCAGUCAGAUUUCUUGGUAAUCAUGAAUAUGGUUGAAUUGGAUUGAUUUCAUAGUUCAUUUACAAGUCUUAGUUGUCUUUGAGACUGACCGAAAUCAACAGAGUCCAAGCUUGAGUUUGAAUUUAUCUACUCCUUUAUUAUGCGUUACUCAAAUGGUAUGAUUUGUAUCUUUUAACAAGAAUUAGAAAAGAAAUGGAAGCGAUUUUUGUUUAAGAGGAAAUGAUAAAA